CAGACGACAUAGGAGGUCUCAGGGCACGCACCAUCCUUUCAGAACCCUUUCUUUCUGCAAGAGGUUUUCCAUGGUUUCAUGCAAAGAUGUCCUUCUGAAGACUCUGCCUUAAGUCCCCGUAAUUCAUUCUCUCCUUCUAAACUGGAUUCUCUACACCUCGUCCAUAAACCGCACUUGAUUUUUGAUGUCCCAUGAAGAUACCAGCAUUUUUCUGAAUCAGAAGCACAAGGGUACAUCCGAAGACCAUGGUACACAAAAGCAAGCCGUUUUGGAUUGGCAAUUUUAGAGAUCACGCCAUUAACAUAAACGUAGGUGGAAUGAAAAAACGCAUCAGCCCCAUCACCUUGUCUCAGUUUCCAGACACGAGGCUGGGGCGGUUGCUUUCCUGCGAGACAGAAGAGUCCAUUCUCCAGAUCUGCGACGACUAUGACUUGGUGUCCAAAGAGUUUUAUUUCGACAGGAACCCGGGCCUUUUCCCCUACGUUCUGUACUUCUACGAGACUGGGAAACUCCACAUGAUGAACGACCUGUGCGCUUUCUCUUUCUCCCAAGAGAUUGAAUACUGGGGAAUCAGUGAGUUUUUCCUGGAUUCCUGUUGCAGUUACCGUUACCACGAACGCAAGUUGGAAAGGAGGCGACGCAACUGGGACGAUGAUAGUGAAGCCAGCAGCAUUGAGACCUCUGUGGAUGAGAUUUCUGACGUUAACCAGGAUCUCAUGUAUUUUGAUAACUUAAGGUGUGGGAACUUGCGCAAACGCCUGUGGCUCACCAUGGAAAACCCUGGCUACUCCAUUCCUAGCAAAUUAUUUAGUUUCAUCUCAAUUUGUGUCGUUCUCAUUUCUAUUUCUACCAUGUGCAUCAACAGCAUGCCCGAAUACCAGCAAGUGGACGAGGAUAUGGCCCCUGUAGAUGACCCCAUUUUACACAAGCUGGAAUACUUCUGCAUCUCCUGGUUCACGUUUGAGGUGUCCUCACGGCUGAUUCUGACACCCAACCUGAAGAAAUUCUUCAGGCAUCCAUUAAACCUCAUUGACAUUGUCUCGGCGUUGCCGUUUUAUCUAACCCUUUUGGUAGACUUGACCGUUGGCAGCGAUUAUGAGCUGGGAGAUGUGGGGAAAGUUGUCCAAGUAUUUCGCUUGAUGAGGAUCUUCCGGGUUCUGAAGUUGGCCAGACACUCCACUGGAUUGCGUUCACUUGGAGCUACACUUAAGCACAGCUACAGGGAAGUUGGAAUACUCCUUCUUUACCUGGCAGUUGGGGUCUGUGUGUUUUCCGGAAUGGCAUAUACUGCGGAAAAAGAUGAAGACACUGGCUUUGACACAAUCCCUUCAUGCUGGUGGUGGGGCACUGUGAGCAUGACCACGGUGGGCUAUGGCGAUGUUGUGCCAGCUACAGUUGCGGGAAAACUGGCGGCUUCUGGUUGUAUCUUGGGUGGGAUAUUAGUGGUGGCUCUGCCUAUAACAAUCAUAUUCAACAAGUUCUCCCACUUCUAUCGCAGACAGAAAGCUCUUGAGAAUGCGGUGAGGAACAGCGAUAGCAUACCCAGAAAAGACAGCAACGUUGCUGAAGAUAAACACUCAGAACAGUCUGUAGAGCUUUGAGGACUUGGAGACUAGUCAUGUCAUGCAUAUUUAACAUAAAGCAAAUGCGCUUACAGUAAUAUGAUUAAAUAAUUGACUAUAUAAAGUUAACAUAAUCCAUAUCAUAGUUUACUUCAAACACUUGGGCCUCACCCAUCUGAAGCUUCACUACCGAAAGUACAACAAUACUGAUAUAUGUUCGAUGCAUUUUAAUAUAAUCUUAGGGAAAAGUCAGGACUAGCACUAUCUGAAUGCAAAGUCUUAUCUACAAAGGAAAGUCUUUUGGACUACUUAUUGCAGUAUUGGACCAUAAGCCUUUUCAGGAGUAUGGCUCUUUAGAAGAAGAGGUAUGAAGAACUACUAGAGCCUUACUAAGAACGCCAAUGUGCCAUAGAAUGGAGGCUGGCCUCAUAGUUUCAGAAGACUUCUAAAAAUGUUUAAUAUUCUGAUUUUACUUCCAAAGCCAGAGAUAAUGAUCUUGGUGAGUUAUAAUUUUUAUUGCUCCACCCUACCAAAAAAAACCCAUUUCUACUCUACUUCAACUCUGUUGUAGGAUAAGCCUUGAUACUGGGUUUUCAUAUAUUUUGGCACCCAAAUCAAAUUAAUUCUGUACGGCCAUGAUCUCAAAUUUCCAGAAAUUGGACAAAACAUGUAGAUUUGCAUGUGAUAAUGAAAAGAAAAGUGAAUACUAUUUUUAUAAAGAUGUUUAAUGGACAAUGAUUGUGGACUGAUUGCUCAACACAAGCAGCUUUUUCCUCAGCUUGCCUGACAGUGACCCCCCUUAAACGGUACCUGCCAUUCACUAUCUUAUGCCAAAGAAUAGAAAGAGUUGUCACCCAAAGAAGAAGUGGGAUCAUAAUGUAACCAGUGCAUUACAAUCAUGAUCAAAUGUGCUGUAUAUGAAACAAACACUUUUAUGGAUGCAUAAUGUUACAUCUUGCCUGAAUAAACUCGCCCAUAAUCCA